AUGGUCGUAGGAGCAAAUCUCGAAGCGUACCCUCAAUAUACAACUGUUCUGAUACCAUCGUCGUCUGGUGAACACGAGCGGUUAGAAUCUGGCUACAAUUCUUCGAUGUCUACAUCAAACCCAGAGAGUCUUCCAAAGGUAAAACGAUCAACAACUGGACAACAAUCUAAGCAUGUCGAAACACAAUCAAGAGCUUCAGUUAGCACUCGGCAAUCAAUCUCAGCACAUCAUCAAGUACAACAGCCAGUGGAUCCAAUCGUUAGAUAUCGUAGUCAAAACGCAACCUAUUCCUUAAUAUCAAUGGAUAUGAUGAUAUCAAAACAAUUUAAAACAAUUGAAACGAAUACUUCAAUUAAUCACAGCCGUUAUUUACGUACUCCAUCCAAAUAUCAAGAAGAGAGUACAGAUUACUCUGAUGAUUGGGAAACUGAUUAUUCAGACGAUUUUACAUCAGAUAGUGAAAAUAGUUGGAAGUCCAUGCCGAAGAAAGCCUCUGAAUUCGUAAAUGUAUCAACACAAAAAGAAUGUCGAAUUGAAGGCAUUAAAAAUAAGAAAGAAGACCCAAUAUACAAAAAUCUUUCCACACAGAAUGAUUCUAAAGAUCAUUUAAAAACGAAUUCGUCGAGUGAUACUUUAAGUUUAAUACCAUUGGAUUCAAACGCAUUUGAACCUGCAUUCUGUCGACAACGUCAGGCAGCCAUUGAUAAUAUGGAUUAUCGAAGAGCAGUGAAGAGUUGGAAAGCGAAAAAUGCUCGUGAUAUAAUCAAGCUCAUACUCGAGUUAUCAUCUGGUAAGAGUCUUAUCGAUCGAGCCUGGAUUGUAUUCUAUUGGGUUUCGCAGAAUAUUGAAUAUGAUAUCGACGCAUACUUCAGUGGUAAUAUUCGCCAUCAAAGCACAGAUGAUCUAUUUAGAAGUGGAAAAGGAGUUUGCGAUGCCUUUGGUACAAUUUUCGAGACUCUUUGCAAUGGAGUCGGAUUAGAAUGCAAGAAAGUCAGCGGAUACGCCAAAGGAUACGGUUUUAAAUUAGAAACAUCAGUUUUCCAUCGGACGGAUCAUGCUUGGAAUGUCAUUCGUCUUGAUGGCCGCUGGUAUCUGGUUGACUCAACGUGGGGUGAAGGACAUAUAGAUAAUAGAAAUCAAAAUGUCAGAAAACUAUGUUCAUAUUAUUUUCUCGUACGGCCAGAGCAGCUGAUCUAUACACAUUUGCCUGAAAAUCCACAGUGGCAGUUAUUGAAAUCACCUGUUUCAAUGAAGAAUUUCGUUUGCCUGCCACAUAUUUAUCCAGAAUAUUUUGAGCUUGGCCUUCAGAUAGUGUCUCCAUACCAGUCUAGUAUGGGACUAUUCGACUCGAGUCAAGGACUUGCUGAAGUACUUAUACGAGCUUCAGAUAGCAUAGAUUUCACUACAAGUAUGCAACGGAUAGGACAUGAAGUAAACAAAACAACUAGUCUCGUCCAAUAUGAUGCCGAUCGUCAAUUGUGGCAAUGUCUUUUCGUACCUCAAACAGGUGGUUUUCAUACAUUGACUAUCUAUGCUAGGAAAGUAAAGCAAAUGACAACUCAAAGUUCAACAGAUGACAAUACCUAUCCAUGUGUGGCCGAGUUGGGUUUAGAAGUUCCAGCUACUUUUAGUGGAGCAAAGACUUUUCCAAUAACGUAUUCUACAUUUAGUGUACACAAAUGUCAAAUCUUACAACCUCUGGAUGGUAGUCUAAAGGCAGGCUCGAAGCAAACGAUACAUUGUCGUAUUCCUGGUGCUCAUUGUGCUCGACUUUUGGUUGAUGGAAAAUGGCUUCCUGAAAUCAUUCUCAAAAAUGAUAUAUUCAAGACAGAAUUUACUGUUCCUAAACGAGAGAUUAUGGUAUAUGUCAAAUUUGCUAAUAAAAAGAACAUUUCAAGUUACGAUGGACUGAUCAAAUAUUCAGUUCAUUAAAAUCUAUAUAUGUAUUAAGAUUGUUGAACGAUACAUUAAAUAAAUUUGUAAGUACUUCUAUUAAAAUUUCCCAAUCGAUAUUUUGGACAAAUCUUUGUAUGUAUUUAAACUUUUCUUUGCUGGAUUACCUAUUUACUACAGUUAAAUUAUGUGAUUAAAAAAGCGUCAGUUUCCUCAUGUUGAUACUUCCUUCAUAAUCAUGUCAAGUUUUUCACAGAAAAAAUCAGCAUUUUCUUUUGAAAAACAUAUUGGUCUAAAUAGAAUGCACCACUUAAUAUUUUCGAUAAACUAUGAAAAAGCAAGAAAUAGAGACUUACGGUGGGUGUGGGUGGGCAAAAAGUACGAAUAAGACCACAUCCACACCAACACACUCACAGCCCACCCCACACCCCACACCCACACCCACACUCACCCUCACACUCCAAAUCCACACGAAGGAGGUUGGUAAGAAGCUCUGUUCGUUGAGUUGGUUUUUCCCUGAUUUGUGAAAAAGUAAAAUUUUGUUAUUGAGGCUUUAAGAAAAGUUCUCAGUAACCUUGUCCGUAUGGAUGCAAAAUUUUCUAACUGUAAUGACUUUCAGAAUAUUCUAUACGUACAUUUAGAUAAAUACCGAUACUUCUAUCAUUUAGACUUUGACAAUAGUUCAUGUGUCUGAGUUGUGAUCUUCAGCCUAUUUCUAACUAAAAUGUUUGUAUGUAUCGGAAAAAUAUCAACCAGACCGAUUAGACUGAUUGAGCAGAGCUUUGUAGGAAACAUCCAGAUCGAAAAAUCAGAUGUAAGAUCUUCAGAUCAGAUCUCGAAUAUUGUAUGAUCCUCUAAUAUCAGAAGAAAUCGUACGCAAAAGUUACAUAGAGUCUUGCCAUGCGAUUCUUCCGAGAUCAUAUUAUUUGUACGAUUUUAAAAGCAUCAUGUGCUAAGACUUACUGUAAGUUUUGUGGACACAAAGAUUUUCUGUUUGGUGUUAUAAGUUCUGGUGAAAUCAGAUUUAAGUCUUAUAAGAACUUACCUUCAGAUUAUUUGCUCUAGGUGAUCGUGACUUGUGUGCAAUGACUGAUAAGUAAACUGAAACAGCUAUAGGUAGUUUAUUAGCCCCAUACAUAUCGUCCCUAUGAAAUAAUUAGUCAAGGGUGGAGUGUAGGUGUGGAUGUCCCUUGUUCUCUCACACUCACAUCCAUCCUAUUUUCAUGACCUUUGUUUUUCGUCAAAAACUUCGUCUUCAGUCUUG